GUCUGAGGGAGAGAGCGAGAGUGAGUGAGUGUGAGUGCGGGGUGGGGUGGUGGCCGUUACGUUCGGGGCAACGGCUGAGGCAGUGGAGAAGUGAGAAGAGAAACAACGUCCGGCGCUUCCGCCCUCGCCUAGGAGGAGGAGGAACUGGUAGGAAAAGGAAAGCCAUUCGCCCUGGGCCUGGACUAGACCUCGUCGGGCCGGCGGAGGUCUGGCUAUGCGCCUUUGAGGGUCGCUUGGGACGCAGAGCGAGAGCCGAGCGCGAUGUCUCAGCCGCCGCCGCCUCCUCCGCUGCCGCCGCCGCCGCCUCCCCCCGAGGCUCCGCAGACUUCGUCGUCUCUGGCGGCGGCGGCUACUCCGGGGGGCCUUUCGAAACGAAGGGACCGGAGAAUCCUUUCCGGGAGUUGCCCGGAUCCCAAGUGCCAGGCGCGCCUCUUCUUCCCGGCCUCGGGUUCUGUCAGCAUCGAGUGUACCGAGUGCGGACAGCGGCACGAGCAGCAACAGCUGCUGGGAGUGGAGGAGGUGACCGACCCGGACGUCGUGCUGCACAAUCUGCUGCGGAACGCGCUGCUCGGAGUCACGGGGGCUCCCAAGAAGAACACGGAACUGGUAAAGGUGAUGGGCCUCUCCAACUACCACUGCAAAUUAUUGUCGCCCAUAUUGGCACGCUAUGGCAUGGACAAACAAACGGGCCGGGCCAAGCUUCUCCGGGACAUGAACCAAGGCGAACUGUUCGAUUGCGCGUUACUUGGUGACCGGGCCUUCCUCAUCGAACCAGAGCACGUCAACACAGUGGGCUAUGGCAAGGACCGCUCCGGAAGCCUCCUGUAUUUGCAUGACACUCUCGAGGACAUCAAACGGGCUAAUAAAAGUCAAGAAUGCCUCAUUCCAGUCCAUGUGGAUGGGGAUGGACACUGCCUGGUGCAUGCUGUGUCGAGGGCUCUAGUAGGCAGAGAGCUCUUCUGGCAUGCUCUGAGGGAGAAUCUUAAGCAGCACUUUCAGCAGCACCUAGCCCGAUAUCAAGCCCUGUUUCAUGACUUUAUUGAUGCUGCCGAGUGGGAGGACAUUAUCAAUGAAUGUGACCCUCUGUUUGUGCCACCUGAAGGUGUCCCCUUAGGCCUGAGGAAUAUCCACAUAUUCGGCCUUGCCAAUGUGUUACAUCGUCCCAUAAUUCUUUUAGAUUCCCUCAGCGGCAUGAGAAGCUCUGGUGAUUAUUCAGCCACCUUUCUACCUGGGCUCAUACCUGCAGAGAAAUGCACUGGGAGAGAUGGUCAUUUGAACAAGCCAAUCUGUAUUGCGUGGAGUAGCUCUGGCAGAAACCAUUAUAUUCCCUUGGUAGGCAUAAAGGGGGCUGCCUUGCCCAAACUACCCAUGAAUUUGCUACCCAAAGCAUGGGGUGUGCCUCAGGACCUUAUUAAAAAGUACAUCAAGCUUGAGGAGGAUGGUGGCUGUGUUAUUGGAGGAGACAGAAGUUUGCAGGAUAAGUACUUACUUAGGCUGGUUGCUGCUAUGGAAGAAGUCUUUAUGGACAAACAUGGUAUCCAUCCUAGUUUGGUUGCUGAUGUACAUCAGUAUUUCUACAGAAGGACUGGAGUGAUAGGAGUUCAGCCUGAGGAAGUUACAGCAGCUGCUAAAAAAGCAGUAAUGGACAAUCGCCUUCACAAGUGUUUACUUUGUGGUGCCCUUUCUGAACUUCAUGUCCCUUCUGAGUGGUUGGCUCCAGGAGGGAAACUGUAUAACUUGGCAAAAAGUACUCACGGGCAGCUGAGGCCUGACAAAAAUUACAGCUUUCCCUUAAACAAUUUGGUUUGUUCAUAUGAUCCAGUGAAAGAUGUUCUGCUACCAGACUAUGGAUUGAGUAAUCUAACAGCUUGUAAUUGGUGCCAUGGUUCAUCUGUGCGAAGAGUCAGAGGAGAUGGCUCUAUUGUGUAUUUGGAUGGAGACAGAACUAAUUCUAGGUCUACUGGUGGCAAAUGUGGUUGUGGAUUCAAACACUUUUGGGAAGGUAAAGAGUAUGACAAUCUUCCAGAAGCUUUUCCUAUCACUUUGGAGUGGGGAGGAAGAGUAGUCAGAGAAACAGUAUAUUGGUUCCAGUAUGAAAGCGAUCCAUCUCUGAAUAGUAAUGUUUAUGAUGUUGCAAUGAAACUUGUUACCAAGCACUUUCCAGGUGAAUUUGGGAGUGAGAUCCUAGUUCAGAAAGUUGUCCACACUAUAUUGCAUCAGACUGCAAAAAAAAAUCCUGAUGAUUACACUCCUGUAAAUAUAGAUGGUGCUCAUGCUCAGAGAGUUGGAGAUGUGCAAGGACAAGAAUUGGAGUCUCAGCUACCAACUAAAAUUAUUCUUACUGGACAGAAAACAAAAACUUUGCAUAAGGAAGAAUUAAACAUGAGUAAAACUGAAAGAACUAUUCAACAGAACAUCACAGAACAAGCUUCUGUGAUGCAGAAACGGAAAACAGAGAAAUUAAAACAAGAGCAAAAGGGGCAGCCCAGAACUGUUUCUCCAAGUACUAUUCGUGAUGGGCCAUCAUCUGCACCUGCCACCCCCACCAAGGCUCCCUACUCACCUACCACUUCUAAGGAGAAGAAGAUUCGAAUAACAACUAAUGAUGGACGGCAGUCCAUGGUUACCCUUAAGCCUUCAACAACCUUUUGUGAGCUUCAGGAAAGUAUAGCCAGAGAGUUCAACAUUCCUCCGUAUUUACAGUGUAUUCGAUAUGGCUUUCCUCCUAAAGAGUUAAUGCCACCCCAGGCAGGGAUGGAAAAGGAGCCAGUUCCUUUACAGCACGGUGACAGAAUUACAAUAGAGAUCUUAAAAGGAAGAGCAGAAGGUGGUCCAUCCACUGCUGCACACUCAGCCCACACUGUGAAACAAGAAGAGAUUGCUGUUACUGGUAAACUGUCAUCUAAGGAACUUCAGGAGCAAGCUGACAAAGAAAUGUACUCCUUGUGUCUUUUAGCAACAUUAAUGGGAGAAGACGUGUGGUCUUAUGCAAAGGGACUUCCUCACAUGUUCCAGCAGGGUGGUGUAUUCUACAAUAUUAUGAAGAAAACUAUGGGCAUGGCUGAUGGCAAACAUUGUACUUUUCCACAUCUACCUGGCAAAACCUUUGUUUAUAAUGCUUCUGAAGAUAGACUGGAGUUGUGUGUCGAUGCUGCAGGACAUUUCCCCAUUGGUCCUGAUGUUGAAGAUUUAGUUAAAGAGGCUGUAAGUCAGGUUCGAGCAGAGGCUACUACAAGAAGUAGGGAAUCAAGCCCUUCACAUGGGUUAUUAAAACUAGGUAGUGGUGGAGUAGUGAAAAAGAAAUCUGAGCAACUUCACAAUGUAACUGCCUUUCAGGGGAAGGGCCAUUCUCUAGGAACUGCAUCCAGUCACCCGCACAUUGAUCCCAGAGCUAGGGAAACUCUGGCUGGGAGAAAGCAUAAUACAGGGACAGAUUUUAGUAAUAGUUCCAUUAAAACAGAGCCGCCUGUGUUCACAGCUGCUUCUAGUAAUAGUGAGCUUAUUCGAAUAGCUCCUGGAGUAGUAACAAUGAGAGACGGUAGGCAGAUUGAUCCCGAUGUGGUUGAGGCCCAGCGAAAAAAAUUGCAGGAAAUGGUUUCUUCUAUUCAGGCUUCAAUGGACAAGCACUUGCGGGAUCAAAGUACAGAGCAAACACCAUCUGAUCUUUCCCAAAGAAAAGUAGAAGUUGUGAGUUCUGUGAGGCCUGGGAAUCUUCAGACUGGCUUGCCUGAACCUUUUUCUUUAACUGGUGGCACUGAGAAUUUGAAUACUGAAACAACUGAUAGUCAUGUAGCAGAUGUACUGGGAGCAGCAUUUGCCACAAGGUCAAAAGCACAAAAAGAAAAUUCCAUGGAGGAACCUGAAGAGAUGGAUAGUCAAGAUGCUGAGACGACUAACACAACUGAGCCGAUGGAUCACUCGUGAUUGAAUUUAGAGGCUAAUAAAGGCAGAAUGUUUAUUGUGAA